AUGCGCAAAAAGGCAAUCGUGGAAGCGGACCGCGCCAAACUAGUCCAGGUGAUGGCAGAGCUCGAUGAGAAGAAGAAGCAAACUCUAGUGACGGCUUGCGAACAGGUCAACAGGGACUUCGGCUCCAUCUUUAGCACUCUACUGCCUGGAGCGCAGGCCAAGCUCAAGCCGCCGGACGGACUCACCGUGCUCGACGGUCUGGAGGUAAAGGUGGGGUUCAACCACACGUGGAAGGAUUCGCUGGGCGAGCUGUCGGGCGGGCAGCGCUCGCUGGUGGCGCUGUCGCUGGUGCUGGCGAUGCUGCUGUUCAAGCCGGCGCCGCUGUACAUCCUGGACGAGGUGGACGCCGCGCUCGACCUCUCGCACACGCAGAACAUCGGCCAGAUGCUCAAGGAGCACUUCAGACAUUCGCAGUUUAUAAUAGUAUCGUUGAAGGACGGUAUGUUCAACAACGCCAACGUGCUGUUCCGCACGCGGUUCGUGGACGGCAUGUCGGCCGUGCAGCGCACCGUCAACUCCAGGCGAUGA